UACAUUACUGGGAAACUACUGGAGAACAUCAAAUGGACUGGACAAUUCCAGCAAGUGUAGUGAGAAAGCGAAAUCCUAUCAGAAGAAGAGAGCGUAAAAAUUAUCUCAGUCCUCUUGGAGUUUUAAAAGAAUUCUCCCAAGAAAGUACACUCCACGGACUGCGAUAUAUCACCAAGGAUUCGUCCAGCAUUUUUGAUAGGUUAUGCUGGAUUGCUGCCACACUGGCAUGUGCAGUUUUAGGAAUAGUAUUUAUCAAUUCGGCGUGGGAUAAUUUCUCCAAGGUCCCCAUCAUAGUAAACGUGGAGACCACAAACUACCCGUUGUACAAACUGCCCUUUCCUGCCAUUACCAUCUGCCCCGCCGUCAACGUUAAGAGAACUAUCGGAGAAAACCUCCUCGAAAGGUACAUGAACCGGACCCUAGACGACCACCUACGAGAAAGGUUCCGUCACGUGCUUAGUGGCUUAUCCGUGUUCCAGUUCCCAUUCUACUACCGAGUCGGUCCACAUUUCAAUCUCGUCAAAGAUCUCUUGCGUCAACUGAAUAAUUUCACUGUUUCCGACUUCAUGUUACAGGUCCUCCCUACAUGUCACGAAGUGUUCAAAGAUUGCUUCUGGACAGGAUAUGCAGUUAACUGCUGCACUGUAUUUCACCUACAGCGAACAGAGGCUGGAUUCUGUUAUUCCUUCAACUCUCUCACUUCGGAAAUUACUAGAAACUGUUCCGCCAGCGACGAGUUCUUUUUCGACGACGGAUUAAACAGAGAACGCGGCUGCUCCCCCCGGCACAAUAUCGCAUCUGGCAGUGCCACGGGUCUGGAGGUGUUCCUGGAUAAAAUACCAGAAUGGGACUCCCUCGGAGAGGGGCAACUUGACCCAAAUGGAGCGCGGGUUAAUACUUUUCUCCUCAUCUUCCCACUUCUAGUUUACAGACCAUUUAUUAUGAUUCAUCAUCCAAUGGCUCCUCCAGAAUCUGGUAAAAGCAUAUACAUGCCUGAGAAGAUUGCAUCAACCUUCUCAGUCAAGAUAUCACCAGUGGUAACAGAAUGUUCACCGGAGGUGAGAGGACUCGAUAUGUCGACAAGGAACUGCAUGUUUCCAGAUGAACAUCACAUCAAGUAUUUCAAGACCUAUACACUUCAAGGCUGUCUCAUUGAAUGCAGAAUGAAGUGGCUCAUAGAUAAAUGCGGAUGCCACCCUUAUUUCUACGACUUUGAGCAAGAUGGCGCUAAGGAGUGCAAAAUUUCACAACUACCAUGUUUAGCAAAAGAGAACACUAAUCUGCGAGUGUACAACCCACCACCUGGAUACAAAAAUUUGAAUGCAGAACAAGGAUCAGCAGUGCUCAACUGCUCCAAUUGCUUACCCACAUGUCAUGACAACACAUUUCUUGUGGAUUAUGACAUGGUUCCUGAUACUGAUCCUACUACAAAGGAAAGCACUGGCCACAUUGACGUUUUUUACAAUGAAAUGGGUGCAAUUAAGUAUCGACGAGAACGAGCUUUCAGUUUAAUGCAACUAAUUGUUUCCUUUGGUGGAAUCAUGGGAUUAUUUCUUGGAGUGAGCUUACUAAGUGGUGUUGAAGUGAUCUACUACGUGCUCAGAAUUUGUAUGGCAACAUACAUCAAAAUACAGCAAAGAGGAAAGCGAGAACCAAAUACAAAGAAUUUUCUUGUUUCUAAAAACAAAGUUCCAGCACUCAAAGCUCUUUCAUUUAUGCCACCCAUAGAUUCAGAUUAUACUAACCAUUAUAUAAAGAAUAUUUAAAACAUGUAGCAAAAGUUUUACAUAUGUACAGUGGGUCAUGGAAGACUGCAUAAUACUCUGUACUUACAGAACAAAUCUUUGUUACUACCUGCAGUUGUUGAAAUGUGUUUAAGAUGUUAAUUCUGAAGAUUACAUUACUCUACCAUUGUUACUCACCAUUUAUAAUAUUCAGAGCUUUCUCCAGUGGUGCACAUCAGUGUUUAUUGCAGGCCAGAUCUGAUGAUGCACUGAUCACUACUUAAAAGCACAGAUAAAGAAAACAACAAAUCUCAAUAAAACUUAUACGAAUAAGA